AAAACCCGACACCACAAUUACCAUAAAAAAGAAGCACGGCACAAGAUCCAAGCUCCGAACCCCACUAUUGGACGUGGCGACGAUCUAUACGCUGUUGGUUUCGAUGGGUCCGCUCGUGGCAAGAGAGGUGGAGGCGCCUACAGCGUGAACGUGCGGAAGUUGCUUGAAUGGAGGGUGCUAAAGGCUAGAUCUGGCUACGCGGAAAGUCUGACAGUGAACGAAGCAGAAUAUCAUGGGUUAUUGCUGUGUUUGAAUCUACUGGAGGACUUGGAUCCACGAAGACUAGAUUUAUGUGGAGACUCAAACCUGGUGAUCCGACAAGUACGAGGUGACAUUGACUAUAAGACACCGGGGCUCUGGAUCGACUACGAACUUGACCAGAUCAUGAGUUGUUGUAUGUCAAACGAGAUUGGAAUGGGCUUGGCUAGUACUGCGCUGCAACAACAAUGCGGGAUCGUGGUUGAGUCUGAGAAGGAGAUCCAGGAUCUAGUGACCUUGAACCGGUUAGAUGAGAUCCUGGUAGGGAAGAUCGAAGAUGAGGCCGCAUGGAUAUCUGCUGUAACGACCCGAUCUAAGGAUAGAUCUGGAUUGCGGACAGGGUCUGCUCUAGUCUCACUACGUGAGGAAGUGGUGAGAGAACUACAGAUCGAACGGAUCCAACAAGCACAGGACGAGGAGUCGUGGAUCUCGGGAUUGAAGAAGUAUUUGGUUGGAGAUCUAACCCACGAAGAUGCUAGAGUAUUAGGAUCAAUGGCCAUGUAUUACGAAGUGGAUCAGUCAGAUCUACUCUUCUACUGUCCAUCAACAAAAGAAGCUGCUGCGGAUCGAAACAAAUUGAUGCGAUUGGUGAUACCUGAAACACUUCAGCAAGAUAUUCUACACCACUACUAUACAAGUCUGGAGCAUGGUCAUCAAGGAAUUGGCCGGAUCUUUGAUCGGAUCCCAGAUCAUUUCCAUUGGAGAAGGUUAUACAAGAGCGUGCAACGAUACGUUGGAGAAAGUGUUGAUUGCGAAACAGGUAAAGGACGACCUCAGAUCCAAGAUAUAUUCUCCGGAUAUGUAAUUACCAAGGCUAGCGCCUCUAGAUCUGCACAGACGAUCGCCAAAACGUACGAAGAAUGCGUUUUCCGCAGAUUUGGUGCGCGCGAGGUGACAUGA